CUGUUAUAACAAUACGCGCACACUAUCAGUAAUUUUAAAUUCUGAUAUAAAGAGGGAAACAUAUCUUAUGACGUUAUAAAUGAAAAUGAAGUUCUACCUCCUCAAGAUUAUGUUAGCGUCUGCGCAGAAAUAUUCCUUACUUCGCACAGUAAACGUUGCUAUUAAGAUGAUCGAUAUCUCAAAUUGAUAUAACAAUUCUGUGAUAAUGGCGACCAAUUUUCUUAUAUCUAACUAAUGAUUAUGUUAGUAUAUUGUUAGAAAGAAUAUUAAGUAAUUCCAUUGUGCGAAAGAAGGUAAAAUAAUCAUAAUUUAUAGUGUAAAGUUUGAAAUAAUGUCAAAAUGUAAGGGUACCAUAGUUUGGUCGUACACCGUGCGAGAUGCAAGAUAUUGAAGAACGCUAUUAUAAAGUCAGUGACACUUUUCUUAAAAUGAUAGGCCUAUGGCCUUAUCAGAAAACAAAGUUUGUUCGAAUACAAAAUGUACUCAUCAUUGGUAUUCUUUGUGGAUAUAUUAUUGUACAGCUGCUGUCAUUUUUAACAAUGCAAUUCAGUGUAAAUCUCCUUCUGAAAGUUUUAUCUUUCGUGUUUCCAACUCUUUUUAUGGUAAUAAAAUAUUGCACCUUUAUCAUUCAAGCAGAUAACGUAAAACAACUGGUAGAGCAAAUUCGACACGACUGGAAGUUAGUGAAAAGUAAACUGGAAAUUGAUAUUAUCAAAAAAUACGCUGAAAAUGGGAGAUUUGUAACAAUAAUUGUAAUAGUGUGCUGUCAUUGUGGCAUAAUAUGUUACAUCACAUUGCAACUUCUACCGUUGAUACUUAACGUUAUUGCACCGUUAAAUGAAUCACGAUCGGUGAAACUUAUCGCGACCACGGAAUACUUUCUUAAUCGGGAGAAAUAUAUUUGGAUAAUGUUACUUCAUGAGAUAGUUACCGCUUAUUUAAGAUUGAUAACGUUGUGUAGCAUUAGUAUGACAUUACUGAUGCAGAUCUUGCACGCAUGUGCGCUGUUUAACAUAGCAAGCUAUCUAAUGGAGAAUGCAAUUCCAGAGAACGUGUUAGCAAUACAUGAUUCUUUAAAGGAACAUAUACUUCAUCAGAGGAUUGCACACGUAGUUCUUAUUCAUCGUAGGGCCAUUAGCUUUCUUCAGCUUUGGAUAUCUAGUUUUACGGUACCGUUUUUUCUUCUGAUCCUGGUUGGAGUUUGCUCCUUAAGUGUUAAUCUUUUUCAUUUGCUUGAACUAAUAACAGUUACCGAUGACGUUAAUGAAAUGUACGCAGUUUUUAUGUCAGUAAUUCUCCAUUUUAACCUUAUGUUUAUACUUAAUUAUGCUGGAGAGAUAGUUCAGAAUCAUGGAAUGCAAGUAUUCGGAGCAACUUAUAAUGGACUGUGGUACGUAGCUCCACUGCGGACGCAAAAAUUGAUAUUGUUUGUAAUGCAAAGGGCAAUAGUGAAAGUCAAUUUGACAUGUGGAAAUAUCUUUGUUGCGUCCUUGGAAGGUUUUCUUACGCUUGCGAGUACAGCAAUAUCUUAUUUCACAGUAAUUUAUUCCACAAGAUAAUAAAAAACUGGAAACAAAAGUUUAUUAGGAAAAGUAUAUGUAGCCUUAUCAAAUUGACAUAAGUAGUAUACACUUAUUGUGUUAUACACUUAUUGUAUACACAGUAGUAUUGUGAAAAUUUAUUAAAUAUAAUAAAUUUGCAGAGACCAUUUUGCGUGCGAGAA